AUGUUUGGGAACCAAAGGACAAAUCACGAGUACGCACCCCCCAUGGUGAUCAAUGUGAACAACAAGCAAGUGAAUCCCCCAGCUUUAAGUUACAGAAGCUACGCAUCGAGGAAUAUAAAUGUUCGCCCCGUUAGCAGUCAACAUGAGUCAAACGCGGGCGAUAGCAUGAAGAAUUAUGUGCAAUAUUAUGGGCACCGAAAUGGCUCUGAAAUGAAGCCUUUGAAACAUACCACUUCGCAGUAUAUACCGAAGAGAAGAGAAGAACGACAGAAAACGAUGGGCGUGGUGGGCCUGGCCAAGCAUUGGGACUUGAACAACACCGACAUAAACCACAUUGUAGCCAAUUACGCAAAUUCAAUUAAAGUGCCUACUAACCACAGCUAUGAUGGUAGCAAUCAGGUGAGGGCAUUUCACAAAAGUAGGCCAGAAUAUGUUAGGGAAAUUCCCCCAUUCGACGUUGAUAAAAGUAAAAUGAAUUCUCUUCCAGCAGAAAGAAAGACAACACCCAUUAGUGUUCAGAGAGACAUGGACAGUAAGAAAAAUCUGUCAUUCGUGCAAAGCGAAUACCGAUCUGUGGACUUUAGGAAAAAUCAAAAUGACUAUGUGGUGGAUCAAAAGGGGGAACAUCCAACCAAGUCAAGUCAGGUAAGAAAAGAAAAAAGUGUCACGGUAGGUACUAGUGAGAAGGAUACCUUUUUGGAAGGUCUCAAGAGGCAAAAUAACAUUUCCAUUUCGACAAAUUUCCAGUCAAACGGUGAUGAGAAGAUUAGCACAAGUCAAGCACAUGUGAGUAGGAGCAAUGCAGAGGAGAAAAAGAGGGAAAGAAAAAAUAGCAGAAUAGUUGAACAAUUAAACAGUGAUCGGCUGAGUACUCCCCGUAAGGGGAACAAGGACCACGUAUUAGGUAGAGACACCAUGAAGGAAUACAAGCGUAGGAAUGGAGAACCGAAAUAUACAUCUCCACGUGAUAACCAAUGUGCGCAAAAGGGUGAGUCCUGUACCAAAGCGCCAAUACAUCGAAGUUGUAGGGAACAAUUACCACACAACCUUUCAAUCAAUUUCAAAAGAGACAUGUUCGAUAUGACCAAAGGGUUACGGCUUUUCGAGCAUAUGAUAAUCGUUGAUAAAAAUAGUGUACUCAGAUUGUGGAAUGGCUUUGAAUGGAAGAGAGUAGAAAGUUAUUUCCAAUUUUUGACUAGGGCUAGAUAUGACCAUAAAGGACACCUCUGGUGUGUGAAUACUUCAUACGAGCUACUGAAAAGGAUGAAAAAGAGUUUUAAAAAUUUUGGCCAUUUAGGUAACGAAGAAAUUGUAGACAUCAGUUUUGAUAAGAGAAAUGUAUUAUGCUGUGUCAAUCGAAAGGGAGAGUUGCUCAAAUGGAAUAGAACAAAAUGGACUAAAGUGAGAUUUUCAGGAUUCCAUAAAUUGAUUAGUGUAGCCUUUGACAGUAGGGGAGAUUUGUGGGCUAUCAACACGAAGAGGGCGUUGGCAAUCUGGUGUGAAAAGGACGGUUGCUGGAAUGAAAAAGUUGUGAAGGAUGAUUUGAAAAUAUGUGCCAUGGAUUUUGACAACGAUGGGCAUAUCUGGGUCGUUUCCACUGCGGGGGCGCUGUUGACCUAUUCGCAUGGUCACUGGGUGAACUUUGGGUACGUCUGUUUGGACCGCUUGAUUUCUGUGGGGUUUAGGAAGGUUCGUGCGGGGUAG